UCUACUUUAAUUGGUCAAUAUUUUUACCCCGCCAUUAGAACCUGAAAACAGCGCCACAAAUGAAUUUAUAUUCGCUUUUUGUGGCGGUGAGGAAGAAACAAAUCUUUCAAAUUUCCUCUACUGGCUGAAUGGUUUUGCUGAAUGUGGAAGAGGGACAUAUUUUGAUGUUACAAUUCUGUGUCUAACAUUAGACGAAGUGGUUACAUUAGCCGAAGGAGAAGAGAUGAGUGUGGAAGUGAAUUUGCAAGGGAUGCCUUCCCACAUUCUUGAUGGUGUCCAGAAACAAGAGACCAUUCAGAUUGACAGGUCCUUUUCCAAAUUCAAAGUGGGUCCUUGGGAUCCUACUCCUCUUGGAGAGGCUGUGAAUCUCCACCUUUCAUAUUACAGAAACCCCAGACUUCUCCUAUCAGAGAAAGCAUUACGCUUAACUUACCGUCAUGCAAGACAGAACAAUAAUCCCCAGUUCACCUGCUUCUUGCUUGGUACAUUCAUUGUGGACAGAGAUGAAGAGGGCGUGACCCUUACUUUGGAUCGCUUGGACCCUGGCAGGGAGAAGCCAGACUCAGGAAGAAAGGUGCCCAAUUCCUUUCUGCCAGGGGAUGUGGUGGUGCCCUGUUUAUUUGAAGUCCAGCAGGUCGGCCUUCUCACCAACAAUGUUCCUGCACACUAUGCAGAUGACCUCAGUGGAUCUCUUAAGAUACUUCAGCAAAGCUGCACCAGCAAAAAGGCUAUGGAGCUUUCUCAGCUACUCAUGCUGCGAGGCUGGCUUAGCUGCAUAGAGAACACCGACAGCCUUAACUUCAAUCUGUACUGGGCAGGCUUCACCCUUGCAACCAUGCUAAAGGCCACUCCUAUCAAAGGCAUACCAAUCAUUCCCACUGCUCUGGCCCGGAACCUCAGCUCCCCGAUCAACCUGGCACAGCCCCUCAACACAGUUAGCCAGAAGCGAGGAUUUUUAAGCAUGGACCAGACCUGCAAGCUACUGUUAGUGCUAGAAUCCGAUCCCAAGGUCUACACCCUCCCACUAGUUGGAGUAUGGUUGUGUGGAGUCACACACAUCCAUAGUCCUCAGGUGUGGGCAUGGUGCCUUAGGUACCUCUACAGCGCCUCUAUUCAGGAAAGGGUUUUAUCUGAAGGAAGACCCUUUCUGGUGGUGCUGUAUUCCUUAACCCACAGAGAGCCAGAAUUCUACCAAUGCCAACCAACCAGCAGAGAGAACCACAAUAUGGACUUGCUUCUGCUAACAAGUACAGAGUCCCUCACACUCUACAAGAAUUUGGAGCCCAAAGAGAGAAAACCCUUGUCAUUUGAACUCAGCUCUGGGAGUGAAAACCAGGCCACUGAGUUCUAUAAGGAAGUGAUGUCUCGCGCUGCAUCUAGCAGGCAUAUCACUGGAGAUAAAGUAGCAACCUCUCCUCAACAUAGGAUAUCCAUUAAUGACCAUGACUCAGGAGUGGAGGAUGAGGAUCUUUCGCCCAGACCAUCCCCAAACCCCCACCCAGCUGGAGACCAGAUGAGACCGGUGCAGCCCACAGUACCAGAGCUGUCUUUGGUACUGGAUGUCAGCUUUGUGGCUGGGAUAACAAAGUCUCCCGAUGCAACUCCACAACACCUUCCCCUUCCCACCCUACAGCAAAGGGAGAUUUGUGCAUUCCCCAAAACCCAUAAAGAACUUUAUGUCAGUGGACAGAACAAGCUCAAUGCCUGCCCCCCAAUGAACAGAACUGUUACUCAAACCAUGUCUAAAGAGGGUUGUGACGGGUCAACUGGAUUUUCACAUCGUUCAUCGUUGCCUUUGUUGUCCUCCCCACCUAAGAUGGCUACUUUACCUGAUGGGUCUUCUGAGCUUGGCUAUGCCCAGGAAUCCAAACCUUACACCCCAGAUCAGUCUAUACACUCACAAUCACCCUAUUGUAGAUUCUCUGGUACCACCCCAGCUCAGCCUCUGCCACAAUUGUGCAUGUUUCCCAGCACCUCCUUAAAGUGUGUCAAUAAGCCAUGUAGCUGCUGCCACCACCACUACACUGCUCUGUCCUAUCAGUCUCAACAUUGGCCAGAGACACCCCUACCCUCAGAUCUGUUGAAUCAGAUGACUCCCACUAACCCUGCCACAGUUUCUUGUAUUCCCAAAUCAACUCCUCACAGAGGUUGUUGCCUGUCACCACCUCACCGGACUUCCCAUCAGGGCCCAGUGUAUGUCCCAAAGACUUCACCACAUUUGGAUUGUUUGCAGCAUAGUUCCCACAGCAAACGCCGCCAGAGCCAUCCAGUGCCAUCUGUGAGCCAGGGUUGCCAGAGCCAGGAUGCCUGCAUGGAUGUGUCUGAUGCUUGUUUUAACAUGCUAUCAGUAGAUGCUUAUAGAAUUCUUAUGGACCAGGACCGGCAGCUGAAACUUCUGCAGUCACAGAUUCACAAGCUUCUGGAGGCUCAAAGCCAGGGAACGUCAUCUCACCAUUCUGACUCCUCGCAUCAGUCAGGGGAGAAGCCUGCUGGACUAACCCUUGGUCAAAAACCGAUGACCCCCGAUCCCAAGAAGAGGAACAGUGUCAGCAUUGCCAUAGGAACAGGUGCUAGUCUGUUUUGUGGCAAGAGUGAGGAUGAGUGGUGGAGAGGUGGUACUCCAGGAACUCUCAGCAGCGGCUCGGCCCAUUCAAGACAGUCCAGUCCCACAGCCAUAAGUCAAACGCACACAAACAGGAUAAAGGACCCUGAGGACGAGACUAGGAGCAGUGAUCAGAACCACAAGGAAUCACAACAAAUGAGCCCAGGUGUAUCUCAUUCUUUUCAGAGCCUUAUGCUUGGAGAGAGUGCCAGCAUGUGUUACCAGUUCCAGUCAGCUAAUACAGAUGAGUCACACGGCAAAAGUGUAGCCGCCGAUCAAAGGUUUUUUCAAGAUUUACUGGGACAAGUAAAUGAUCGUCUUCAGGACACCUUGAAAGGAGAGGCAAGAAGUUCCAGAAGUGAAUACAGGACUGUACUAGCUGCAGAGACAGCCCUAUCUCCUGUUUUAGUCCAAGCCAGAGAGGCUUCUUCUCCCAACUGUCGGUCACCAGUACCCUCUUUGAAGGCUUUGUCUCAAUCUGAGUCCUCUCACAAGGGGGACCAGGUGUACAAUGCGACUGUGAAACAUCUAGAGAAGUUGGGUGUCAAUGUUGACUCCAAAGGCAAAGGCAUGUCUACUAGUGCCACAGUGGAGAGUGCCAGCAGCACCCUGGCAUCCAUCAAUCCUGAGGCAGUGAUCCCCAGGCUAGCUGUGUGUGACUUUGUAAGUGCGAGCAUGUUGACACCUGGAUGCAGUGCUGACCUUAGUUUGGAGGCUAACUCGAUUGCCCUCAAGUAUCUGAGUGAUGCCCAGCUAUCUCACCUCUCUUUUAAAAGGGAAGCCAAGCAGACCUCUAAUGCAAUUCCACCAAGAGUGGAUUUUCUGAGCAAGACAGAGAGGACUGCAGCAGGCCUUAGCAUCCUGUCGCCUACGAAUAUGUCCUUAGCCACACAGAAAUACAUGAAGCGGUAUGGACUCAUUGAGGGUGGUGACAGUGAGGAGGAGGACCUGCAGGAGCAACAAAAUGGCAUGCAUCAUGACACUGUGUUGGAUUGCUCAGCACAAAUGGACAGCUCCAGGAACAGUGAUGAUUUUCAGAAAGGCAUUAAUGUGCCAUCUUCCCCACCAGGACCUCACAGCUCCCCCCACCUUGAGAAUGAAGGCCUGGUUUUUGGUGACAAACACAUGCUUUUGCACAGUCAUAACCACACAGAGAAAACUGGCACAAGAGAGAUCACUCAAAAGAGACAUUCCGCUUCAGAGAACCAGUCUCCUCUGGGUACCAUGGACACGCAGGGCUCUGUUGGAAAUUUCCUUGACCUUAGCCGAUUGAGGCAGCUCCCCAAACUAUUUUAAAGCAAAGCAAGUAAUUUCUUGUAAUUGUCACAUGAAAUAAAAUAAAAAUGGAUUUUAGAAUGCAGGCACAGCUCGUUCACCUUACAAUGUCUGCUGUUCAGAACAAUGCAACUUUGUAAUUUGGACUCCUGAGCAGUUUGUAUUUAAUGUUGAAAUGUAGAGAUGUUUCUAUUGGUAUUGUUUAAUCUCUGUGUGCUCUUAUUUGGGUAUUUUAACCAUGGUAGUUUUAUUACUCAACUUCUCCAAGACAUUAAAUGUGUGUUGUGUGCUGUUGAACUGCUUGUUUUUGUUUUAAUGAAAUGCCUCACUUUAUGUCUUCAUUUUGCACAGUUGGUAUUC